CGCGCGCGGGGCUCGUCUCGGAGCGGGCGGCGGGGGAAGAUGGAAGGAGCGUCCUUCGGAGCGGGCCGGGCGGGGGGGGCCAUCGACCCCGUGGAUUUCCUGAAGCAGCCGCAGACCCUGCUCCGGGUGACCACCUGGAUCUUCUCCAUCGUGGUGUUUGGCUCCAUUGUGAACGAGUGCUACGUGAACAAGGACAGCCAGAACCCCGAGCUGCUCUGCAUCUUCAACGAGAAUGAGAGCGCCUGCAGCUACGGCAUCGCCGUCGGCAUCAUCGCCUUCUUCGGCUGCAUCUUCUUCUUCAUCGUGGACCUGUACUUCCAGCAGAUCAGCAGCGUCAAGGACCGCAAACGGGCCGUGCUGCUGGACCUUGGCUUCUCAGGUUUCCUGGCCUUCCUGUGGUUUGUGGCCUUCUGCUUCCUGGCCAACCAGUGGCAGAGGACGACGCUGACCAGGGGCUUUGCGCAGGGGGCCGACGCUGCACGGGCAGCAAUCACCUUCUCCUUCUUCUCCAUCAUCAUCUGGGUGGUGCUGGCAGUGAGGGCCCUGCAGAGGUACCGCCUGGGCACGGACAUGUCGCUCUUUGCCACCGACCAGUUCCCGGCUGACCCGAGUGCUCCGUACCCCGGGUACCCCGUGGGCAGCGGCACCGAGAGCACGGAGACCUACCAGAGCCCCCCCUUCACCGAGACCUUAGAGGCCAACCCCAAAGGUUACCAAGUGCCAGCGUACUGAGGGCCCCGGGGCGUCCCCGGGGCCGCGUCCCACGGUGCAGCACCGGAUCCGGCCGAUCCCAAAUGUAUUCAGUCCCAUUUCCUUGCCGUGGCCAGUCAGUGCUGGGUCCCUUUAUUAGCUCGUUGUGCAGUGAAUUCUGUACAGUGGUAUUGGUUCUUGUCUUACCUGUCCCAGGGUUUCUAAAAGCAGUGUUCCCUCUAAGCCAGAAGGAAGGAAGGUUGUUGCCACAUCGCCUACGCGUGGGGAAGAUGAAUAAAUGCCCUCUCUAAGCCUUGGUGCCGGGUGCUGGCUCUGCUGGGAAAGCCCAGGACACCUUUUCCUCUUAGAAAACAGUAGCUGAGGAGUUAUUUCUCUCGUUCUGAGGAGUUAUUUAUCUCGUUCUUCCAGAACUAACACAGAAUCCAUUGAGGGUGGGCGGGUGGUGGGGAGGGUUGGGCUCCUGCUGAGGAGCUUUCCAGUCCAUGUUCCAUGGAAAGUGCCAAAUUCACAAGGAAGUUAAGUGGUGUCUGUGUUACUUUUCUUUGUAUAUAUUUACUGUACAAAACAAAUAUCCAAACAGGUGUUUCAAACUUGGCUUAGAGGCACGGGGUGGGGGUCACAGUGGGUCGAGGUCAGGGUCAAUAUGCAGAUUAAUUCUGUGCUUCAAUGGGUUCUGGUCAAGGGUGUAAAAAGUUGCUGUUUGAAACUGGGAACCAGUUCAGCAGUAGCUGGCUGCUGACUGGGAAUAGCCUGUGAUCAGCGGGAUAUGGCAGGUUGUGGUUCUGUUUGUUCACCAGGGAACUGGGAAGUUUCUGGUUGGCAGCGCUGCCACGUCCUCCUGCUCAGCCCUGGCACCAGGGGUGGGGGGCUCAGGCGCAAAGUCCAAGGCCAUUAGGAGCAAUAUUGGACUUGUGUUUUCAUACUGGGAGCAGCCACCAUCUGUCAGCUGCAGCAGAACCCCAGGUGGGGACAUGUGUGUCACCCUGCAGUCUCCAGAAAUGAGGAAUUCAGGCAGGGAACUGGAAAGGCUUCACAGGCCACUGAAGUCCCUCCCGAGUGGGCUCACAUGUUUGGGAAUAGUGUGGGGGGAGAGAGUCAGUGAAAAGCACCCAGGAAAGAGGCUCAGUUUGGAGUUUCAGCUUCAAAAUUCCUGCCUUGUAAAAACGAAAUGUGUAAAAUCCAGUGGGUCCUUGUCAGCCACCUGCUGGCUUUCCCUGCUGGCUUUCCCUGCUGACUUUCCCUUCCAGCUUUCCCUGCUGGCUUUCCUUGAUAACUUUCCCUGAUGACUUUCCCUGCCUGUGCAGCAGCUGCUCCAGGCCAUGUGUCACUGAGGACUGAGCAGAGGAGCUGAAACUUGACUUCUUGACCCCCUUGGUGGCAGCUCCAUCCUUGGAGACCCCCGGCUCUCCGGCGCUCCGGGGUCUUGCCUUGCCAGUUCCCUCCGGCAAAGCCGCUGCUGCCUUCGGCCUCGUGAGGAGCAACAGUCCCAGCCUGCCCCUCCCCAUGGAGCAGGUCCUGGUCACCACCACCACAGCUCAUUCCUGCUGCUGAAUCCCAUUUAAACCAAGUAAUCAGCAGCAAAUCCUCCCGAGCUGUCACCGCCGGUGACAAAGCGCAUUCCCUGCCUCCCUCCAUCCAGGCCGGGUUCCAUGAGCAUUCCCUGGCUGUGCCAGUGCUGAGCUCCUCACAGGGACACCCAAACCCCAGAGUAGCCUAAAUGAAUUCCAGGAUCUUUGCGGUUUUGUGGAGCCAGUCUUGCUGGGAAAGGAAAAAAAACCCCAAGGAUUUUAACACAGGGUCCGGUAGAACUGUAGCAAUAUUUUCCUUAGAGGGAACACUGAAACUUUAGCAGCACAACCAGUACUCGUGUUAAUAUUUUAGCAAAAUUAUAAUCAAUUUAAAUGUUUAAAUUGAUUGUACGUGAGAUAAUGUUCGUUCGGUACAGUGUAUUUUUUCUAACUAUAAUAUAACUGUUCCAGAGUUUCCUUGUAUCCGUGAAGAGCUAAAGCUGUGUCUGCCUGCGGGACGUGUCCUGCCCCCUGUACCCCCCCCGUGCUGAAUAUUACACGCUCUGAAUGU